UCGUGUGUCCUAUCCUCUCAUCUCUUUUGCUCCGUCCCUCUCGCUUUAGGACGGAUGCGGCGCGCCUGCGCCAGCAGGAGACACGCCCCUUCUUUCUGCAAGCCAUGUGGCUGCCGUGGUAAAUAAAGACCUCCGCUAAUUUUGGGCUUCCGUGAUACUGUGCCGUGAAUUUGAGCCCAAACUCUGACUUGUGCACAGUCGGAGCACCCAGAAUGUCUGCGAGCGUCGUGAACCUCCAGGCGCAGGUGGAGUCGGUGCUGGGAGCGCUGGUCAAAGCGGCCACGGUGGAGUUAACCAAGCUGUUCGAGAGCAGAUACCGAGGCUCGGCUGUGGGCCGCACUGAGGACAAAAGGGAAAAUGAAAUGUUGGAGAGACUGGACACUUUGCCGCCUGCGGACACAAAGCGCAGCAUCGGCGUGCAGGUGGACGAGGGUGUCUAUCCGCUGUCGGGGGUUUCGGGCCCCCCUUCCCUCUCAGACGGUGACGGUCCGGGGGAGUGCAAGGAGGUGGGGACGGCGGCGGAGGGGUGUCCCAUUCCAUCAGAGGUCCUCCUCGCUGAAGAUAAAGGCCACGUUGACCCCGAGCGGUCGCCUCUGGAGGAACAGGCUCUGGCAGAGACUGUGGACACGGAGGAGCUGAGCGUCCUUGAAACAGAGUCUCGGGCUGAUAGUGACGCCCAAGCAGAAGUUGUUUUGCGUGGUAAGAAGAAGAACCAUGGCAUCUGUGCAGAGACAUGGACAGAGACAUUAAAACGUGGAUCCACGCAGCGCUCUCCAGCUAAACAAAAGCCUCUCGUGAUCCAGCCAGACACAAGUGAUAUCGCUUCUGGGGGGAAGGUGAAGUUUGUUUGCCCGUUGAUCCUCAAGCCAGAUUCACCAGCUCCCAAACCUGACAGUUUAAAGAAGUCUGUUCAAGCCGAGCCUCAGCAAGCCUGUGUCAGCUCAGCGCGCUAG